AUGUUAUUCAUUUGCUCUGUAUUCCGAAUCGGCUUUCUUUCUUUCUUUUUUCAUUCUUUCUUUCUUUCUUUUUUCUUUCUUUCUUUCUUUUUUCUUUUUUCUUUCUUUUUUUCCUUUUUUCUUUCUUUCUUUUUUUUCUUUCUUUUUUCUUUUUUCUCAUUUGAUUUUUCUUUCUUUUUUUCUCAUUUGAUUUUUCUUUCUUUUUUCUCUCUUACUUUCCCUUUCUCUAUUUUUUCUUUUUCUUCUUCCCAGAUUUUUUGCUUUUUAAUUUUCUUACCUUUUUCUCUCACUUUCUUCCUUCAUUUUCUCCCUCUGUUUUUCUUCUUCUUCUUCUUUCUUCUAUUACUACUACCACUAUUACUUUUGACGUCUUUCCCAUGCUUCUUUCAUCUGUUCAUCCUCUUUCUUCUUUCCCUUCUUCUUCUUCUUCUUCUUCCUCCGUUUGAACUUCUUUCUUCUCUCUUACUUUCCCUUUCUGUAUUUUUUUUUCUUCCGGAUCUUUGCCUUUUAAUUUUCUUCCCCUUUUCUCUUCCUUUUUUCCUACGCUUUCUUUCUGUCUUUCUUUUUUUUUUUUCUCCCUCUGUUUGUUUUCUUCUUCUUCUCCUCCUCCUCCUCCCCGUCGUUUAUUUUCUUUCUUUUUUUCUCUCUUAUUUUCCCUUUCUGUAUUUUUUUUCUUUUUUUCUUCCCAGAUCUUUGCUUUUUAAUUUUCUUCCUUUUUUCUCUUUCUUCCUUCGCUUUCAUUCUUUCUUUUCUCACUCUGUUUUAUUUCUUCUACUUCUUCUUUUAUCUCCCCCGCCUCUCCUGACUCACUCUCUCUCUCCCAAAACCGUUACCUUAAGAUAUUUCUUUCCUCAGCAUCUUUCUUUUUUGUCUUUUGCUAGUGUUAACCUAUUCUUUGUAUCUUUCAUUCUUUCUAAUACUCUCUCCAUUUCACUAUUCCAACUAUUCUUUCUUUCUUUCUUUUUUUUCCCUCCCUUCGUCUUCUUUAUUUCAUUUUAUAUGCUUCCUUUCUUUCUUUUUUUUUUUUCUUUCUUUCUUUCUUUCUUUUCUCUCCCGUCCAAGACCACUCACUUGACUCCCUUUCUUCCUCAAAUUUCUAACUUGAUAUUUGUUUUUUCUUCUCUUCCAAGACUCUUUCUUUUUUUUUUUUCUUUCUUUCUUUCUUUCCUUCCUUCGUCUUCUUUCAUUUUAUAUGCUUCCCUUUUUCUUUCUUUCUUUCUUUCUUUCUUUCUUUUCCCACCUUCGUCUUCUUUAUUUGUUUUUUUUUUUUGCGACCUUUCCUCUUCCUUUCUUAGCAUUUUAUAUGCUUCCCUUUCUUUUUUCUUUCUUUCUUUCUUUCUUUCUUUCUUUCUUUCUUUCUUUCUUUUCCUCCCUUCGUCUUCUUUAUUUGUUUUUUUCCUUUUGCGACAUUUCGUCUUCCUUCUCAGCAUUUUAUAUGCUUCCUUUCUUUCUUUCUUUCUUUCUUUCUUUCUUUCUUUUCCCACCUUUCGUCUUCUUUUAUUUCAUUUUAUAUGCUUCCCUUUCUUUCUUUCUUUCUUUCUUUCUUUCUUUCUUUUCCUCCUUCGUCUUCUUUUAUUUGUUUUUUCCUUUUGCGACAUUUCGUCUUCCCUUCUUAGCAUUUUUAUUUGCUUCCUUUCUUUCUUUCUUUCUUUCUUUUUUAUGCUUUCUUUCUUUCUUUUCUUUCUUUCUUUCCCUCCCUUCGUCGUCUUUUUUAUUUGUUUUUUUCCUUUUGCGACCUUUCCUCUUCCCUUCUUAGCAUUUUAUAUGCUUCCCUUUCUUUCUUUCUUUCUUUCUUUCUUUCUUUCUUUCUUUCUUUCUUUUGUUUUUUUCUUUUCCUUCCCUUCGUCUUCUUUAUUUGUUUUUCCUUUUGCGACCUUUCGUCUUCCCUUCUUAGCAUUUUUUUUUUUUUUUGCGACCUUAUGCCCUUCCUUUCUUUCUUUCUUUCUUUCUUUCUUUCUUUCUUUCUUUCUUUCUUUUCCUCCCUUCGUCUUCUUUAUUUGUUUUUUUUCCUUUUGCGACCUUUCGUCUUCCCUUCUUAGCAAUUUCUAUGCUUCCCUUUCUUUCUUUCUUUCUUUCUUUCUUUCUUUCUUUCUUUCUUUUCCCUCCCUUCGUCUUCUUUAUUUGUUUUUUCCUUUUGCGACCUUUCGCCUUCCCUUCUUAGCAUUUUAUAUGCUUCUCUUUCUUUCUUUCUUUCUUUCUUUCUUUCUUUCUUUCUUUCUUUCUUUCUUAUCUCUCCCGUCCAAGACCACUCACUUGACUCCCUCUCUUCCUCAAAUUUCUAACUUGAUAUCUUCUCUUUCCAAGACUCUUUCUUUCUUUCUUUCUUUCUUUCACGUCCACUGCCUCUCUCUCUUUCUCAAAUUCCUUUCGAAGCUCCUCACUCAUACUUUCUUUCUUUUAUUUUUCCCCUCUCCAUGA